AUGAAGGUGACACUACAAGAAAGGAGGGCAAAACCGACGGUGGAAGGAACCCUUUGCCGGCUGGAACCAAAGCCGGCCGCGGGCAAAGGGCCACUGUUAAAUCAAAAUCAUGGAUGCCCUAAUCUCAUUCGGCCCUUUCCCUCUCUGCAUCGCCGACUCUCUCGCUCUGCGCCUCUCUCUCUCAGCACCUCUCCCUCUCCGCUCGAUCUCUCUCUACCUCUCUCUCACCGUCUCUUUCUCUCCCUCUCCACUCUCGAACCCACCCAUCUCCCUCUCUCUCUCUCUCUCUCUCUCUCUUCCAUCCUCCGGCACGAACCGAAAACUGCAGUUGUUGUGCUUGUCCAUCCUGCACGAGCAGAGCACCAGGUCCGGCCAGAUCUGGUCCUUUUACUCACUGCAAACAGCAUCUACCAAGGUCACAGGCAUGCACCAGAACUAAAUAUGGACAUUGACAGGCAGGUUAAAAGAUUCGUUCUGUAAGGCUUUUCACACAUCUUCCAUCUAUGGCAGAGCUUAUGAAAGUAAAGUUUGUAUCUCACAACUGUUGGCCCCACUUGUAAGUUGUAAUGUGUAUCCCGACACUUAAA